UAUUUACUGCUGUUGAAUGAGAUACCUAAUACUUGAUAGACCACUUCUAUCCCCACUCCAAGAUAAAGUUAUAUAAAGCGAAUUCAACUGCGCAAGUGUACAUCAAGAGCAGAAAUUGUCAGUCAGCUGUUACUUUCACGUGUAAGAUACGUUGAUAACCUCGUUGGAGAUUUACGAUAGUCCUCUAGAAAUUUCAAAGCUGUAUUGUGAUAUUUUUACAAUCUAAAUAUUGAAUAUUAUUGUUAAUAAUAAUAAUUGAAUUUGUUGAAAAUGGCAAACUCAAAUCCAUCGAUUAAAUAUACACAGUUGUUCAUCAAUAACGAAUUCGUAGAUUCAGCCAGUGGAAAAAAAUUCCCAACAUAUAAUCCUUCAAAUGGAAAUGUAAUCACACAAGUAUCAGAGGGAGAUAAAGCUGAUGUUGAUAAGGCUGUUGCUGCUGCACAAUCAGCUUUUAAAAGAGGAUCACCAUGGCGUUCAAUGGAUGCCUCUAAACGUGGAGUAUUAAUCAAUAAGUUGGCUGAUCUGCUGAAAAGAGAUGUUGACUACAUUGCUAGUUUAGAAACUUUGGACAAUGGUAAAACAUUUAGAAGUGCUCAAGGAGAUGUCCACUGUAGUGCUAGUGUCUUGAGAUACUAUGCUGGGUGGUGUGAUAAAAUCCAUGGAAACACUAUACCUUCUGACGGUGGUAACUUCACUGUAACUCGUAAAGAACCUGUUGGAGUAGUAGGUCAAAUAAUUCCCUGGAAUUAUCCAGUGAUGAUGCUAGCAUGGAAAUGGGGUCCAGCUUUAGCGACUGGUUGUACAAUUGUUUUGAAACCUGCAGAGCAAACACCAUUAACAGCUUUAUACUUAGCUGCUCUAACUAAAGAAGCUGGAUUCCCUCCUGGAGUGAUCAAUGUUAUUCCUGGAUAUGGACCAACUGCAGGAGCAGCAAUUGCUGAACAUCCUGAUAUCCGCAAAGUUGCAUUCACUGGUUCAACUGAAAUUGGACAUUCUAUUCUUGCUGCUGCUGCUAAAAGUAAUCUUAAACGUGUGAGCUUAGAACUUGGUGGAAAAAGUCCAAUUGUUAUAUUUGAUGAUGCUGAUAUUAAAGAAGCUGCUGAAAUUGCUUACCAUGCAUUAUUUGAUAAUCAUGGCCAGUCCUGCUGUGCAGGAUCACGAACAUUUGUUCAAGCUAAAAUUUAUGAUCAGUUUGUGAAGGUAGCUAAGGAGUUAGCAGCAAAGAGGAAAGUUGGAGAUCCAUUCAACCCUUCAACAGUUCAAGGUCCUCAAAUUGAUGAAGAAAUGUUUAAUAAAAUUAUGGGCUUGAUUAAAUCUGGAAAAGAAGAAGGUGCUGUUGUGGAGACUGGUGGUGAACGUGAAGGAAACGUAGGAUAUUUUGUUAAACCAACAGUCUUCUCUGGUGUUAAAGAUCAUAUGAGAAUCGCUAAAGAAGAAAUAUUCGGACCUGUUCAAUCUAUUCUUAAGUUUGAAACGUUGGAGGAAGUUAUUGAAAGAGCCAAUAAUACAACCUAUGGUCUUGCUGCUGCUGUUAUCACUAAUGACAUCAAUAAAGCACUCCAAUUUUCUCAAUCUGUCGAUGCAGGCUCUGUUUGGAUCAAUUGUUACGACGCUAUCACUCCUCAAACACCUUUCGGAGGCUACAAGAAAUCUGGAAUUGGCCGAGAGCUUGGUGAAGAUGGGCUAGAAGGUUACUUGGAAACCAAGACAAUUUCUAUUCGUGUUCCAAAAAUUAAUUAAAAUAUAUUUCAGAAUAUUUUCAUAUCAUCUUUAACCAAAAAUUUUUCUACAUUUUGUAUCUAAAGAAACUUUUUUAUAUCUAUUUUAACAUUAAUUAUAAUCAACAAAACUGAAUAGAUAGCUAUUUUCAAUUCUA